CGCAGCUAUGUGUCCAUGAAGAGUGACAAGUCUAUGAUGCAGCCUAUAAACUUUAGAGAGGGAGACUUUUCUACUGAACAAAGAAACCAACAGGAGAGAUCAGAGUCAGAGAUUCUCAGUGGUCAGUCUUCCCAGAGUCACCAAACAGACCUGGCCUCCAUAUUCAGUUUGCUUGAAGAGAAAAUUAUGACAUUUGUGAAGAACGAGCUGAAGAUGUUCAAGAGGAUUCUUAGUCCAGAACUCCCAGAAGGCUUUGAGAGUCAGAAGCAGGAUAAGGAAGUGGUGGAUGCUGAAGAUGAGAAGCAGGAGAGCAGUGCCAGAGAGGGGGCUCUGAAGAUCACACUGCACGUCCUGAGGAAAAUGAACCAGAAGGAGCUUGCUGACACACUGGAGAAAUAUUCAGAUGAGCUUGCUGUGAUUUGCCAACGUGAACUCAAAUCUAAUUUAAAGAAGAAGUUUCAAUGUGUAUUUGAGGGGAUCGCUAAACAAGGAAACCCAACACUUCUCAAUAAGAUCUACACAGAGCUCUACAUCACAGAGGGUGGAACAGGAGAGGUCAAUAAUGAACAUGAGCUGAGACAGAUUGAGACAACAACCAGGAAACAAGCAAGACCAGAGACUGCAGUCAAAUGUAACGACAUCUUCAAACCCUUAACUGGACAAGACAAACCUAUCAGAACUGUGCUGACAAAGGGAGUCGCUGGCAUUGGAAAAACAGUCUCUGUGCAGAAGUUCAUUCUGGACUGGGCUGAAGGAAAAGCAAAUCAGGAUGUCCAAUUUGUAUUUUCAUUCCCUUUCCGGGAGCUGAAUUUGAUGAAAGGGGACAAACACACUUUCAUUGAACUCCUCAAUCACUUCUCAAUGGAAACCAAACAAUCAGGAAUCUCCAACUACAACAAGUACAAAGUUCUGUUCAUCUUUGAUGGUCUGGAUGAGUGCCGACUGCCCCUAGACUUCCAGAAGAACAAGAUCUGUUGGGACGUCACAGAGUCAACCUCCGUGGAUGUUCUGCUGACAAAUCUCAUCAAGGGAAAUCUGCUUCCCUCUGCUCUCCUCUGGAUAACUACCCGACCUGCAGCAGCCAAUAAGAUUCCUUCAGGGUGUGUUGACCAGGUGACAGAGGUACGAGGGUUCAAUGACCCACAGAAGGAGGAGUACUUCAGGAAGAGAUUCAGUGAUGAGGACCUGGCCAGCAGAAUCAUAUCACACAUAAAGAAAUCAAGGAGCCUCCACAUCAUGUGCCACAUUCCAGUCUUCUGUUGGAUUUCUGCAACAGUCCUUCAACACAUGCUGAAACAUAAGAAAGAAGAGAUGCCCAAGACUCUGACUGAGAUGUACACACACCUUGUGGUGUUUCAUACCAAACAGAAGAAUGAAAAGUAUCUUGGGAAAGAAGAGACAGGUCCACACUGGAAUAAAGAGAGCAUUCUGUCACUGGGAAAACUGGCUUUUCAACAGCUUGUGAAUGGCAAUCUGAUUUUCUAUGAAGAAGACCUGAAAGAGGCUGGCAUUGAUGUCAGUGAAGCCUCAGUGUACUCAGGAUUGUGCACACAGAUCUUUAAAGAGGAACGUGGGCUGUACCAGGACACGGUGUACUGCUUUGUUCAUCUGAGCAUUCAGGAGUUUCUGGCUGCUGUAUAUGUGUUCCUCUCAUUCAUCAACAACAAUGAGAAUCUAAUGGACAAACUGCAAUCAACGUCCAGGAACUUUUCUGUGAGGAUCAAACAAAGGCGUAAAGUUUCUGUCUACAAGAGUGCUGUGGAUAAAGCCUUACAAAGUGAGACGGGAAACCUGGACCUUUUCCUCCGCUUCCUUCUGGGCCUCUCACUGGAGUCCAAUCAGAAGCACUUACGAGGUCUACUGACAGAGACAAGAAGCAGCUCACAGACCCAUGAAGAAACAGUCAAAUACAUCAAGGAGAAGAUCAGGGAGAAUCUCUCUCCAGAGAGGAGCAUCAAUCUGUUCCACUGUCUGAAUGAACUGAAUGACCAUUCUCUAGUGGAGGAGAUCCAAAGCUACCUGAGAUCAGGAAGUCUCUCAGAAGCCAAACUGUCACCUGCACAGUGGUCAGCUCUGGUCUUUGUGUUGCUGACUUCAGAAAAGGAGCUGGAUGUGUUUGACCUGAAGAAAUACUCCAGAUCAGAGGAAGGUCUUCUGAGGCUGCUGCCAGUGGUCAAAGCCUCCAGAGAUGUUCUGCUGUCAGGCUGUGGAGUCACAGAGAAAGGCUGUGCUUCUCUGGUCUCAGCUCUGAAGUCAAACCCCUCACACCUGAGAGAGCUGGAUCUGAGUAACAAUAACCUGAAGGAUUCAGGAGUGAAGCUGCUCUCUGCUGGACUGGGGAAUCCCCACUGUAAACUGGAGACUCUGAGGCUGUCAGGCUGUCUAGUCACAGAGGAAGGCUGUGCUUCUCUGGUCUCAGCUUUGGAGUCAAACCCCUCACACCUGAGAGAGCUGGAUCUGAGUAACAAUGACCUGAAGGAUUCAGGAGUGAAGCUGCUCUCUGCUGGACUGGGGAAUCCCCACUGUAAACUGGAGACUCUGAGGCUGUCAGGCUGUCUAGUCACAGAGGAAGGCUGUGCUUCUCUGGUCUCAGCUCUGAGGUCAAACCCCUCACACCUGAGAGAGCUGGACCUGAGCUACAAUCACCCAGGAGACUCAGGAGUCAGACUGCUCUCUGCUGGACUGGAGGAUCCACACUGCAGACUGGAGAAACUCAAUGUGGAACAUGGUGGAGAGAACACAAUGAAACCUGGAUUUAGAAAAUAUGUCUGUGAUCUCACACUGGACCUAAACACAGUAAACAGACUCCUCUCUCUGUCUGAGGAGAACAGAAAGGUGACAUGUAGGACAGAGAAGCAGCCGUAUCCUGAUCACCCAGAGAGAUUUGAGGACUAUAGACAGGUGCUGUGUAGAGAGGGUCUGACUGGGCGCUGUUACUGGGAGGUAGAGUGGAGUGGGAUAAUGGGGGCUGGUAUAGGAGUGACAUAUAAAGGAAUCAGCAGGAGAGGAGGGGGUGAUGACUGUUGUCUUGGAUGCAAUGACAAAUCCUGGAGUCUAGACUGCUAUGACGACAGUUACGCUGCCUGGCACAAUCAUAAUCGGACUACCAUAGACGUCCGCCCCUCCGGCUCCCACAGAGUAGGAGUGUAUCUGGACUGGCCAGCCGGCACUCUGUCCUUCUAUAGAGUCUCCUCUGACACACUGACCCACCUGAUCACAUUCUCCUCCACAUUCACUGAGCCCCUCUAUCCAGGGUUUAGGGUUUGGAAUGUUGACUCCUCAGUGUCCCUGAAAUAAUAACCUGACACAAACACACACACACUGGACAGAUACACUGGACAGACACACACACACACACACACACACACACUGGACACACACGCACUGGACACACACACUCACACUGGACACACACACACUGGACACACACACACACACACUGGACACACACACACUCACACUGGACACACACUUGACACACACUGGACAGACACACACACACACACACACACACACACACACACACUGGACACACACGCACUGGACACACACACUCACACUGGACACACUCACACUGGACACACACACACUCACACUGGACACACACACACACUCACGCUGGACACACACACACACUCACGCUGGACACACACACACACUGGACACACACACACUCACACUGGACAGAUACACACACUGGACACACACACACACACACUGGACACACACACACACUGGACACACACACACACUCACACUGGACACACACACACACUCACACUGGACACACACACACACACACUCACACUGGACACACACACACACACUGGACACACUGGACACACACACACACACACACACACACACUGGGCAAAUACAAACACACUGGACACACACACACACUGGACACACACACACACACUCACUGGACACACACACACACACACACACUGGACACACAGACACACACACACACACUGGACACACACUCACACUGGACACACACACACACUGGACACACACACACACUGGACACACACACACACACACACUGGGGACACACUCACACUGGACACACACACACACACACACACUGGACACACAGACACACACACACACUGGACACACACUCACACUGGACACACACACACACUGGACACACACACACACUGGACAAACACACACACACUGUAGAAACACACACACACAUGCGUGUCUUCCUAUAAUUGUGACAAUAACACCGUUAAAAUACCAAUGUGAUCAUUUGUUGUCUUUUAUGUUGAAUAACAAAUUGUAUAAUUAUAUAUGGACAUACGCUCCAUAGUUGUACAAGUAUACAAGGAUAUAUUGUACUUUUCAUAAUAAAACAUACUUGAAACAAGAAAA